CGCUUCAUGCAAAAAGGGCUUCAGUCAUAAAAAUGGCCAAAUUGAGUUAAGAGCAGAAUUAUGUCUUUAGAUGGUGGUUUCAUCGUUCUAUGCAAAAAGGAAUUCAGUCUGACUGCUCUAACGUUGUCAAAUCAGUUACCUACGUAUAAUAUUCUAUGCAGAAAGGGCUUCAGUCCCGGACUGAAGCCCUUUAUGCACAGAGUGACGAAAAUUUUUCCGAUCAGCUGACUGAAUCGUAUAUUGUGAUUCAGCUGCUCUGCAUUACUUAUUCAUUCGCGGUUUUUGCGUUGAGGUUAGAAGCUGUUGUUUUGAGUACCGUUCAAGUAAUUAUUGAUUUAUAUUAUUAUUAUUGAAGAAAUUAUUUUUAAUUCAUUAUGGUUAGUAGUAGCGACGAAGACAAUGACAAUGAAUCCAACAUUGUUUUUGGAAAGAGGAAAAGGCACGAAGAAACGUAUAGAAGAAACGUGAACAAACUGGCUAGGAACAGCGGUGCUGAGUAUAAGAACUACAAAGGAAAAACUGUACAUGCAAAACAAUCAGGACCUCCAUGCAAUUGCAAGAGACACAAGUGCUUUGAUGGAAUACAGGAGUUGGACAGAAUCGACAUACUACAACGUAUUUUGAACCUACCUUCUAAAAAUGAGCAAGAUUUAUUCAUUCAAAGCUUGAUUGAAAUUCAUGAUGUGAAGCAACGACGUCCACGGAAGGAUGAUAGUGCACGUACUGUUGAUAAGAUGUAUACCUACUUUGUUAUGGUUGGUAACCAAAGGACUCCGGUAUGUUACAAAGCUUUUUUAUCAUUACUAUCAAUUAGUGAUAAGCGAGUGAAAAGACUGAGAUCACUGGCCAAAGAAGGAAAAAAUCCAUUAGACAAAAGGGGAAAGGCACCUAGUGUUAACAGAAUGAGUAUUGAAAACCAAGAAAAAAUUAGAAGCCAUAUUCAGAGUUUUCCAACUAAGCUUAGUCAUUAUGCUGGUAGGGCCACAGAGUAUUUGGAUGCAAGACUCAGUAUUAAAACUAUGUACGAUCUAUUGGUUGCCAAACACCCAGGAAUUUGUAGUCCAGCAUAUUUUUAUGAGUUUUUUCACGAAAACUUUAACCUUAGGUUUGGAAGACCCCAGAUUGACACCUGUUCCACAUGUGAAGAGCUUAGCAUUAAGCUUAAGAACCCACACUUGAAUGAUGCAGCUAAGAGAGUUGCAACUGCAGAAUUAAUGGUACAUAAAAGACGAGCAAAGAAGUUUUACAACAAAAUCCAAGAAGAAGCCAUGAACCCUAAAAAUGAAUCACAUGUACUUUCCAUAUGCAUGGAUUUCAUGCAAAAUCUCAGCAUUCCUCAAAUUCCUGUCCAGCAAACUUUUUACCUGCGACAGAUUACAGUAAAUGUUUUUUCAAUCCACAACAUAAAACAAAGGACAGCAAAAGUUUAUGUUUAUCAUGAGGGUGAGGCCAAUAAGACCCCUAAUGAGGUUUGCUCGUUUCUCUAUGAAUAUCUGAAAGAGGUACCAUCAGAAGUAACAGAGUUAAGACUUUUUGCAGACAACUGUGGGGGUCAAAAUAAAAAUCACACAUUGACCAGAUUUUUGUUGAUGCUCACAGAUACAGGUCGUUUUGAAAAAGUCACCAUGUUCUUUCCAGUAAGGGGCCACUCGUUUUUGCCCUGUGAUAGGGAUUUUGCCACAAUUAAACGGCAUGUUAAAAAGUAUGACAGAAUUUACACUGUUGGUGAAAUUCGAAAUCUUAUUGAAAGUAGCAGCACUAAGCUUGGUAACAAUCCAAAAUUUGUAGUAAAGGAAGUUGAAAGUAGUGAUAUUCUGAACUUCAAAGCCUUGUGGCCUACCUAUUAUAAAAAAAGUUGCAUCUCACAAGAAACAAACAAAAAAAGCGUUCCAAAAGCAAAUAAAAUUCAUUUUGAGAUAAGCAGCUACAGACAAAUGACUUUCAACAAAAAUAAGCAAGGUAUAAUAUAUGCCUCGAAAAUGAUUGAUAGUAUUGUGAGUCACUCGUUUAAGAUGUGUAAGGAUGCGAAUGCGAAGCCAACUUUGCCACCAGCUGCAGCUUAUCAAAGUAAUAUUCCAAUCAAAACAGCAAAGCUGAACGACGUCAGGCAUCUCCUACCAUAUAUUCCCCAAGAACAUCUUGAGUUCUACAAAAGCAUCAUGGACUGGCCUACAGUAGAAGGAAUCGAUCCAGAAAUACAAGAUGAUUGAAAUUUAAUUUGAAAAAAUUAAAAACUUUAAAGUUUUUUAUUUACUUUUUUCCACAUGAGCUGAUCAUUAAAACUUACUGUUAAAAAAUUCUCAACUGUAUUGUUUUUAGUCAAAAAUCCUUUUUUGUUCAUAAUAUACUGCUUUCCAGUGGCAAAAUAUGUUGAAUUUUGCAAUAUAUAGUCACUUGAGUGUGAAAAAAAGUGUUAUAAAGGUGAAUUUACAUGCAACAAGAGCUUUGCAUAGGGUUAUGUGCAAAAAGGGCUUCAGUCAACCAACAAAAAAAAUUUUUUACUCAAUAAUUAUAAAAAAAUUAUUGAAUUUCUUUAUAAAAAUUCAAUAUUGAAAAUAUCUCCCUUCAAAUAAAAUAAAUAUGUGUUUUCAAUUUCUCUGUGUUUUUGAGUGAGACAGUUUUUCUUGUUUUUCUCAAAACCAUGAUCACUUGACUGAAGCCCUUUUUGCAUGAAGCGAUUCA